CUAGGGGAAUCGAUGAUGGACGGAACGGGGACGUAGCGGAUGAUCACUACCACCGGUACAUGGAAGAUGUGGAGAUCAUUCAUAGUUUGGGUGUCAACUCCUACAGAUUCUCAAUUUCAUGGGCGAGAAUCCUACCAAGAGGCCGGCUUGGAGGCGUUAAUUCAGCUGGAGUAGCGUUCUACGACCGCCUGAUUGAUGCACUCGUGCACAAAGGGAUAGAGCCAUUUGUGACACUGCAUCACUUUGAUCUGCCGCACGAAAUGGAGACCCGAUACGGCGGUUGGCUGGGCGCCGAAAUCCGGGAGGAGUUUGACUACUACGCCGACGUGUGCUUCAAGGCGUUUGGUGACCGGGUGAAGUUCUGGGCAACGUUCAACGAGCCCAACCUGUUCACCAGGCUUGCAUACGUGCUGGGCAAGUACCCUCCGGCACGCUGCUCCACGCCGUUCGGGACAUGCAAGAGCGGGAACUCUCAUCGGGAACCCUACGUCGCGGCUCAUAACAUGCUGUUGUCACAUGCAGCCGCCGUCCACAACUACAAGAAGAAUUAUCAGGCAACGCAAGGCGGAUCGAUCGGUAUCGUGAUUGCGAUGAAAUGGUAUGAGCCGCUGACGAAUACCACGGAGGAUAUCCUGGCUGCGCGACGUGCCUUGUCUUUUGAGGUUUUUGGAGCCGAUAUUCUUUGGUGAUUAUCCCAGAGAAAUGCAUGAGUUGUUAUCAUCCAACUUACCAAAGUUCA